UCCAAGUUGAAGCAGCAACAGCAGCCGAGAGAAGGACAGAGCGCAAAAAGACAGAGGGAGAGAGAGGAGACGCAGCCAUGAUGGGCACACCUCUCCAGAGGAACGCCCCGGCAUACGAGAUGGCUGAAGCUGAACUUCAUAAGGAAAGGCUCCAAGCCCUUGCGGAAAAACGGAAAAGACAAGCUGAGAUCGUGGACAAAAGACGACAGCUCGAUGAACUUGUUAUGCAACUUCAACAUUUCAAGUCUAAAUCUAUGAGGGAGAGAUGGCUUCUACAGGGGACACCAGCAGUACCACAAGAGGAAGACGAAUGCCGCAGGAAACAAGUCGAGCAAGAUGAACUUCACGUCAAAAAACUAGAAGAUUGCAUUCAGAGAUUAGAAUCAGAAAUCUGUCUUUUGGAGAAUGAAGAAUCCCAGAUUUCAGCUAAAGAGCAGGUUCUCCGAGAGAGACUGCGGGAAACAGAGAGAUCUAUUGAAGAUCUACAGAAGAGUCUUCAGAAUCCAGAUGGAGAUACAGUGAAUUACAACUGCUCCCAGAUCCCAGACCUCCCAGAAUUCAACUCCCAAACUCCUGUCUCAGCUUCAGGGGAUCAACAACACCCAAGAAAAUCUGCAUUAUACGCCAUGGAGAUCAACGUCGAAAAGGACAGGAAAACUGGUACCACCAAGAUCCUCUCUGCCUCAGCAGUCAGCCCACAAGAAGCCCACCAGCGGGGGGUCAAAGUCUACGAUGACGGUCGAAAAGUAAUCUACGAGGUGCGUUCUGGGGGAUCUACUAUGAUGGAGAAUGGAAUGCACGCCUGGAGUUCCAGUGAAGUGGACAAACUAAUUCAACAAGCUGGCCAGACACACCAGCAAGGUGAUGGUGCCAGGAUAACUUUAACACCAGCUGAGCCACAAACAAUGGGAGGAGAGUUGAUUUCUAAGGAGCAGAUGGUGCACAAUAAGGCCAAGCAAGACAAGAAACAAAUCUCCAGUAGAGCCCCGCAAAGUUAUGAAAGUAAAUUCACAGAGAAUCCACAGGCAUCAGCUGAGAAACCAGUGACCAUGAUCUUCAUGGGCUAUCACAGCAUAGAAGACGAGGAGGAGACGAAGAAGCUCCUUGGCUUUGAUGGCACCAUCAAGGCCGAGAUUGUCCUUAUUGACGAGGAUGACGAAAAAUCUCUUCGAGAGAAGACUGUCACUGAUAUCUCCACUAUUGAUGGCAACGCUGCAGACCUUGUGUCGGGCCGACCUCUGUCUGAUACCACUGAACUUUCUUCAGAGGGCAAAGAUGAUAGCUCGACCAAAGAUGUGCCGCCUACAGGUAUAGAAAAGAAAAAACGCUGCCAGUGCUGUGCUGUCAUGUGACCUUUCAUAACUUCUCUUUCCUGGAGCACAUUCACCAAGGCUCUGCCUUCCUUAAAAACAAACCUCACCCUGUUACUAACAGCAUCUCCACCUCUGUGACAUGAGAGAAGUUCUUCUCAAUCUUCUCACUCUUUUCUGACCUGUUUUCCACCGAUUUUCUUGUUCUUUUGGUGUAAGGUUUUAUGGCUCAUUCAGCAAGUUGAGGGAACAUUUUUGUAGGAGAAGGGGCUAGUCUACAGGCCAAAGCAUAUGUGAACCACAAAAUUGUACCCCAUACGAAACAUUUUAUUUAUAUGUUAAAGGUGCUCUCAGUAAUUAUUGUAUGCUGUGCUGGCUAAAAUUCCAGUUAACUUGGACUUUAUACUGACACCUAGUGGUGUGGAUGCAGCAUCAUGCAAAACAGCUUUUAUUAGGCUGCUGAUAUGAUUGGAGUCUUCACCUCAUGUGAGUGCACAUUAUUUUAAACAUUUCCUUAAGUAUAAAACCUUUUUAACAAGGAAAAACAACCUUUAUUUAUCCUUUUAAAUGUAAUAUACAGAACAAGUGAGAAAAAAGUGAACAAAUAAUAUGUAAAUGUACAAAAAUGUAAUAGAGGAUAGUCUUAAACCUUGGUAUCCCAUAUGAUAAAGGUUAGAUCAGAUCAUAGUGCUUCAUACAAUGAUGUAGCAACAAUUUAUAUAAAUAUUGUUGAUAAAUAUAUCUAUCCCAUUUUAUAUUUCAUACAAUAUGAAAACACAGAGUAGAUUCAUACAACGUGAUGAUGUUUUUGGCAAUUACACUACAUGGCCAAAAGUAUGUGGAUGCCCUAUUGUAAUUAAAAGGUUUUUCUAUUCCAGUAAUUCCAGUGAAGACAAAUCUUAAUGCUACAGCAUACAGUGACAUGGGACAACAUAUUAAUGCUUAUGGUUUUAAAUUAAUGGUUCAGCAAGCACAUAUGGGUGUGGAGUCACAAACUUUUGGCCAUGCAAUGUAUGUUUUCCUGUAGCCUUACUGAAACCUCUAAACCACUCAUUACAUUUGGUUGUCCAGGAUUUCUCUAUUUACAGAAAGUGUUUUAUAUUUCCCAACAUGAAAGGUGAUAUAACACUGUACAUUUGCUCACAUUAUUAUACAGACUGACCUUAUUGAACAAAUUUACCUUUCUGUGCCUCUGUAUUCUAAUAUAUGGAAGGAUUUUGCCAUUUUGGAUCAGGUUGGAUCAAGGUUCAAAUUUCACUUGUUUCACCCACACAAAAGACAAGAAAACAGGGCACUGAAUAUUAAACAGACUUAAUACAAAGGGGUUUCAAACGAUUCAUCUGCUACAGUACUGUACAGGUUCAAAGAAAGUGUUAGCAGCUGGCAAAUAAAGGCAAUCAGGGGCAUAGAUUUCAGGCCCCAGCAAGUACAACCCCACAAUAUUUAUACUAUGAUCAGUGGAAACAUGGGUAAAUACUUCACGCUGCAAUUUAUAAUAUACACAUUGGUUGCACAUUCACACUUAAAUGCCAUAAAGACAUAAACACAACAAAGUAAUUUAUUUCACUAAUACCAGCUGCUUUGCUGUCUUCACUUAUCUCUUUGUCUUGCCAUGUUAGAAGAAGAACUUGUGCCAUAUUGCAUCAUGUUUGAGUAAAAUGAUGCUCAGAUGGGGAAAUGAAAAGCCAUCUUACUAUUAAUACUUUAUAUUCACAAUGAAAAAGAGGUGACAUUAAUCAAUUAAUACAAUACGUUUACGCCUGUACAAAAUGCUCAUAUUCUUUUUAAGAAAACAAAAUGUAAUUCAAUAUUUGAUUACAAUUUGUAUGUAAAAUUAAUCAAAAAUACUCAUUAGAAAUCUAGAUUGAUAAAGGGUUGCCAAAAUAAUUAAAAGUUAAAGAAAUAGUGCACACAAAAAUGAAAAUUCUCUCAUUUACUCACCUUUAUGCCAUAACGGAUGUGUAUGACUUUCUUUCUUCAGCAAAACACAAAUGAAGAUUUUUUGGUCCUUACAAUGCAAGUGAAUGGAUGCCAAAAUGUUCUCAUAGGUCAGCAUAAAAGUAAUCCAUAUGACUCCAGUAGUUAAAUCAAUGUCUUCAGAAGAUUUAUGAUAGGUGUGAGUGAGAAACAGAUCAAUAUUUUAAUAAAUUUUUACUAUAAAUUCUCAUCCCUGCUCAGUUAAUCUCCACUUUAACAUUCACUUUCACAUUCUUCUUCUUUUGUUUUUGGUGAUUCACAUUCUUCAUGCAUAUCGCCAUCUACUGGGCAGGGAGAUGAAUUUCUAGCAAAAAUGUACUUAAAUAUUGAUCUUUUUCUCACCCACACCUAUCAUAUCACUUCUGAAGAUAUGGAUUUAACCACUGGAGUCUUAUGGAUUACUGUUAUGCUGCCUUUAUGUGCUUUUUGGAGCAUCAACAUUUUGGCACCCAUUCACUUGCAUUGUAUGGACCUACAGAGUUUAUAUAUUCUUCUGAAAAUCUUAAUUUGUGUUCUGCAGAAGAAAGAAAGUCAUACACAUCUAUGAUGGCAUGAGGGUGAGUAAAUGAUGAGAGAAUUUUCAUUUUUGGCUGAACUAUCCCUUUAAGUAUGCAAAAUCAGUUCAUAUGUAGAAUUAUACAUGGUCAAUGACAUUCAUUAUAUAGAUGUUAUAGAGAACUGUUUUUGAAACUAUUUUUAUUCUUAAAAAUUUUGUUUUUGUAGCUUUAAUUUGGAUACAGGCAGUGCCAUGCAAAGGUCAGACCUGAAAUGUACAAACAAUGAACAGAGGGAUUUUGAAAAAUCAGCUAUAAUUUAAUUAAUGAUAAUAUUAUAUCAUUUUAAUAAUGAAUUAAUUAAAAUUACUGUACCCAGGGUGAGCUGCAUUUGCAACCCAGGAGAUUCUGUAACCAGUGUCAAAAUUACAAUUUACCUUUUCAGGCUUAAAGACCUCAUGAAAUGGUGUGACGAGCACAGUUUCCUGUAUUGAUGUAAUCCCAACUGAAACAGGAAGUUGACAUAAUAAAGGGCUUGUCCCUUUUUUAAAGCUAAAAGUUGAAGAUGAUGUCAUCAAUAUUUUUGGUCCAUUAUCCAGAAAUAUGAAGUCUCUUAAUGUUAAAAUGUAUAUAUCUGCUAAAAUGUUUUACUGUCAACACUUAGAAUACUAAUUGGCCUCAAAACAGACAUUAUCUAAACAUGAAACAAACCUCCAGUUUUGAUUUUAUGGGGUCUCAUGUUGACAAUCUGAUUCUGUUUACACAAUGCAGAUACUCAAGAAGAAAACACAGUGCAUAAAACAAUUGAUCUCCAGAGUUAUGCUAGUGUUAAUGUUGUCUAUCAGGAUUUCUCAGCCACAAACUGCCAAACAGUGCUAAAUUAAAUUCUGGACUUUCACUUGGUGGUGCAGCUCCUGUCUGAUUUGCCAUGAAAUUACCGCUGUGCAUCUUACUUGAGAUUCUGCUGUAUUUUUGUAAUCCUGAAGUGUAAUUUUUAAUUGUUCCACUUUGCUUAUUUUUUUAAUGAUUAUAACAUUCUCUUUCUGUAUCAUCUCAUACUUUCGCUCACAAACUCUCUCCAGAACAAACUGCCAGCAGCAAUGCUGUAACAUUGGCUUUAAUUAAUUUGUUUUUUCUUUGUAUGGUAUACUUAGUCCAAUAAACACAUUUUUUUUCCA